CGUGACACGGUCGAUAAUAGAUCACGAUUGUCGUUCUGUUUGUGAGUUUCCUUUUGGUGGAACGACUCGAGGGUAAACAAAAUGGCCAACAACAGGGCUACCAAGUCUGGAUUCGCGGCGGAAGCGCAGAGGAAGAUCAAUAGCAAAUACAGCGAGGAGCUGGCGCAGGAAUGUUUGGAAUGGAUCAAGACGAUUACUGGUGAGAAUAUAAACACCAAUGGAGACAUGGAUAAUUUCUUUGAAACUCUGAGAGACGGAGUCCUUCUUUGCAAGCUGGUAAACGAUAUUAAGGAAGGUUCGGUGAAAAAGAUUAACAAGACCAACUUAGCCUUCAAGUGUAUGGAGAACAUCAACGCGUUCCUCGAGGCCGCAAGAAUGCUAGGUGUCCCAGCCCAAGAGACCUUCCAGACUGUUGAUCUCUGGGAGAGACAAAAUCUCAAUUCAGUCGUAAUCUGUUUGCAAUCCCUCGGUAGAAAGGCGGGCAACUAUGGUAAACCAAGUAUCGGACCAAAAGAAGCGGACAAAAAUAUACGUAACUUUACCGAAGAACAAUUAAGGGCUGGACAGGGUGUGAUUAGUCUGCAAUACGGCAGCAAUAAGGGUGCUAAUCAGAGUGGCAUUAAUUUCGGGAAUACCAGACAUAUGUAAACCUGUUCGUCUAAAUAUCGUUCGAAGAAAUUCCAUUUUCACUCGCGUUUCUUAUUUUAUCUUUACGAUACACUAGACUUAUGGAGAAAAUUUCAUUGUACAACAAUAUUUCUUGUCGUGGUCCAAGUUAAUUCUAAAUGGUGCACAAAACGCAUCUUCGCGCAUGCUAGACGACUUUUUAUGCAUUUAAACUAGGAGAUAGUGAAGUACAAUAUGAAAUUUGUCCGAGGAAACGAGGUACAUGUAUGUGUAUGCUCGAUCUAUGAAAAUUAAGAAGUAUACUUUGAAUUAUAAUAUAUAUACAUUAUUAAUGUAUUACAAGCUGUUAAAAAAUUAAUUCUUUAACAAGAAAACGAUUUAUUUGCAAAUAUAAACAAGGAAAGUAUAUUACGCCACUAAAUACAAUUGGGUAACGUGGCUAUGUAUUUGUUAAAUAUUACAGAUAGAUUAUAAAACAGUGUUGCUGGUAUAUACAACUAGUUGCUCUGUGACUGUUAUUGUGAAAUCCCUUACGAGUUACAGUGUAACCAAAUUAUACUUUAAAAAAUUCAUGUUGCGCGUAAGACGAUAACUAUUAUAGUUAUUGUAUAAUGAUAAAUGAUAUAUAAUUAUAUUAAGUAUUUUGUACAAAUAUUUUUUGAUGAUUAUAAAAAU